AGCGUCAGGUAACCAAUGGAGACGUAGACAUACUUGAGUUAGCUGAAGUGGUGUCCAACAGUUUCGGCUUGUUCUAAACUCUAAAGGAUAAGAUGCGCUGCUUUCCAGUGUAACGCUUAACUUAAAACACUAUUUAUCCGCAUUAACACCGCAUGUAAAAUAUUUGUUUUUUCCAAACGUUGACGUGACGUGAGGUAAAAUGUUCAAGAAUAAUUAUCAGGGUGGAGCUGUGGUCGAGAUUUUCAGUGGACAGGGGAAAGACCCUGCAGCAAGAUGGAAACUAUGUGGAGGGCCGUCAGCCAUACAUAAGGAGUAUGAUAAAGAAGUCAAAGGAUUUGUUUACUGUCUGGAGGGUAGCAGCCAGACAGUCAAGAUGCAAAUUCCAGAGAAUGGGAAAGUAUCUCUCGGGCUUCUCCAAAGAUUCUUGGUCCUACAAGUGAAUAUUCCUCAGAGCAAAGAUUUCUCCAUUGAGCUUGUGAUAACUGAUUCAGAGAACCUGAAAAGAAGACUUCACUUAUCAACAGUGCAUAAAGAAUUGUCUUCCACACUUUUGCAUGCAAAGAUACCUUUUGUAAGAUUGAAACGCAAUAUUUGGUCUACUUUGUGCAUCGACCUUGUAUCAUUCACCGGUGAACUGUUCAAGGGAUUUUUGAAGCUGGAUGGCAUCACUUUGUUCGCUACCUGUAAAGUCCGCAGAAUCUUCACCAUGAAAACCGAGCCUACAGGAACAUCAGAUGAUGAUAUGUUUCUCUGUGGAGCUGGUCUCACGGACUUGAUCCCUCGCAGUUGCCAAUUCCUGCCGGAUGUCAGCCACGUCACUCAGGUGUUGAACAUGGAGCAUUUGCAGAAGGCAGACAUGAGGGCUGGACUGUUGAGCUCUGACUGUGUUCCUGAUCAAACUGCCACUGCCAGAUCAACAAGUUAUCGAAGAAGCAGGCCCCAGGGUGUUUUGCAUACAGCCGCAGGCUCCAGGGUUUCAGGGCCACCCCCUCAAACUGGAAGAAAAAGCAGUGCAGCCUCAGACGGAGUGGAUGGAAGUGUACUUUUACAAUCUUUCUCAAAUAUGGGAUCGCCAUCCAGUAGGAGGAACCAAAAAGUCACUGCAGAAAGUCAGAGCAUUGCCAACUUCAAUGAGAGUUUAUCACAUGGAGAGUCUUCCUAUGUUGUUCUUGAGGUAAUGAAUGUAGGUACACCUGGCAGUUUACAGCCACAUCCCCCAAAAGACAGAGUGUUUGACAAGCAGGGAUCUAAGAAGCUACAGGUCUACAGUGCUGGAAGAGAGAGGCUAGCAUCGUCAGUGCCUCCAGAUGCUGUACCUGGUGGCCACAGAAAGAGAAGUAAAAGCAGGGAGAUGUGCACUCCUCCGUCCAGCAGGCAGGAAAGCAGGCAACAACCUCGAACAGAAAACACAAAGCGCCUAGCAGCAGAUGAGUGUAGCUGCAGUCCUGCCAGGGAAAGUUCAGGAGCUGCUCCCACACCAGCAGAGUUUCUCUCUUGCACGAUCUGGUCAGGUUUGUCUUGUGACCUGCAGGUCUGGAGCAGCUGGGAGAGUAAUGAGGGGUCUGAGCCCCAGCUCACUCUGCAAGAGGAGGUUUUCACUUUCUCAUCCCAGCCACACUCACCCAAAAGAGGUCAAGGCCAGGGUGACCAGGAGAAGAUGGAGAUGGGAGACGAUCAGGUUCAGAGCAAAAGUGGGAGGCGGUAUGAGGCCCAGCCUCAAGAUGACUUCAUCGGCAGUGAAAGUGAUGAGGAUAACAGCUACACCACAUUCCAGCAUCAAAGAACUAGUGUUGAGUCCAACCCUGCCACUCCCAGAUCUCCCAAUCCAACUGUGGACAUGGACCAGACAACACCAAAAGAGCUCAGUCCAGCUGCCACCAGUAUGCAGUCUCCCUCCAGUGGGAUAGCUGAAACAGCUGGGAUUGUGCCCACACGCUGUCUCUCACCCAGUGCGACACCCAGCAGACUGGACCACAAGUGUGGCCCACGUGGAUCAGAGGUAGUGAACCAGGUUGUGAAGGGGAACAUCAGUGUAUCACUGUCUAGGAGACUCUUGCAACAAGUCCAAUUGGAUGACUCCACACAGCACAAGGAAGAAGAAGACAAAACCCUGCAGCCUGUUGAUUCCAGUGAUUACAACUUACGCCUGCUUAGCAGUCUACGAAUGCAUGGAGGUGAUGAUGAGGAGCUUCAAAUGCUGGCAAGUCUAAAAAGGGAACAGGAGGAAGAUGAAUGUAGAGCCCCGGGCCUCAGUGCAUCUCAGAUCCACCAGUGUAAUGUCAGCAUCAGCAUGAGCAGCGACGACGCCUCAACCUGGACCCACAUCUCCAUGCCAGCAAAUCAGGGCCAUCACUAUCAGAAGGAAAUGAACCCCCUCCUGCAAUCAAACCCCAGGGAGUGGAUGGAUGUGCUCAGCCCUCCUAUUGUGCCUCCCAGCCAGCGGAGAAGGUCAGGCAACACGUGGAGAAAUCGGGAAAAUCUAAUCGGUGGAGAGUAUGAGACGGUGGAUGAAGACGGGAAUGAGGACGAGUAUUUGAAUCUGCUCUAUGAUCCUUGCCUGAACUGCUAUUUCGAUCCAAAGACGGGGAAGUACUAUGAACUAGCUUGACUCAAAGCUCUAGAGAAUCGAAAUUAAUAAAUCAGAAGUCACUGACAGUGGAUGAAUGGUUUUAGGAUUUUUUUUCAGGCCUAGCUUAUUGAUCAGCCAUGAAUACCCCAUUCACAAAAACCUUUCCGUGUUGCCGCUUUUGUAUUUUGAGAGACUAACAGGAGCUUCGUGUCUCCAUAAGUAGUGUCAUGUUAGUGUGUAAAGGAGUGUGACUCAGUAAAUCAGAUACAUGCUUUUUGCAAGGAAUUCAGUUGUUGCCCAUUCAGUAGCACAUCUGAUGGAAGAGAGAGUCUUUUCAGAAGUCUUGGCUAGCAAAUGAAUAUGUAAGCCUUUUCAAAGAACAUCCUGGAGCUUCUUUUUACUUAGGAGAAUUCUGACAUUUAAAUUUUGCCUGGAUUGGUAUUACAGUAUAGGUCAUUUAGUUCUUUAUUUAUCAUUUGUGUAAAAAAGUAAUUGAAAAUAUGUUGUGUAUAAAUUAUUUGGAAUAAAAUUUGAAUUGAAAUGGC